AGUUCAGUGUAACACAAAUUCCACGUGAAGUGCAUGCCUCCACUUCCCGCGGUAUCAUUUCUGCAACAAAAACUGCACCCUAUGGUUCUGCCUGAUGGUUCUGGUGGCUUAGACCUCCCUGGCCGUUAUGGUACAAACUCUACCUGUUCUGAUCACUCCAGAAGCACCGAUUCGGAUGAGUCAUCCAUGGAUUUCUUUGAGCGUCAGCGUCAAGAAAUAGCUAGAUGGAUAGCUAACUCGAUGCACAACAAAGGCGCCGAUCCCGAGAAGGUUCAUCAAGCUUGUCAAGCUCUAGUUCAACACACAUUCAGUCAAGUUGUUGAAGCUCGCAAGAGAGGGCCCAGCCCGAUCACCAACCGUACAAUGCUGCGACCUGGGGAUCACUCGAACGGUCGAAACUGAUUGGCCAAGGUACCCACAGAGCUACCAUUCUCAUCUCAUUCUCAUUUGCUAGCAUCUUCUGGUUGAUGGAUGAUGUGGUUCUAUUAUUGUCGUCAAACGUAAAUGUAUUUCAUUUUCAUUGAAGGUGUAUGCUGAAUACGAUUCGUUCCGUGAAAGUGAAGAUUUUUAUUGAUGGUAACGUGGCAGCGUUGUGGAUCUGCACUUUUCGAGUGUCUAAAUCGACCUCGAUAGCAUGCACCAUCGGUGCCGGCUCUUGUCCGUUGCUCUUGCAUACCAAAAUCAUCGGUAUGGUCAUCUGUUGUUAUCAGUCCGCUGUUGGUAUGAUCAUCAGAUGGGUAUUUGAAUUUACUGCGAACGUGUGAAGCUGUUGCAGAAAGAUCAGUCGGCCCUCUACGUGGUUCCGUCUACAUUGCAUUUUCACUGAGGGAGUCUCCUAGUAGACUACAAGAUGUGGAAGGGGUUCUCCGUUAUAUUCUGUCCAGUAGUGAUGCUACUCACUAUUUAACGUCCCUCUAUUUCCUCGUUCGCUGUAUUUUCUACUCCCUCUAUUCAUGAAGAUAGUCAACUUGUUAUGGUCACACUCAAAUC